GUCCUGACCUAAUCCACAGAAAACAUUCAAUCCUCUCCAAUGGCGACCACCAUCGCCACCUUCGUUCAAUCAAUGGAGACGUGACCAUCAUCUUCAUUGCUUCUCCUCCGAAAGAUCCCAUUUUUCAACGCCCUAAGGCAAAAAGGUCCCAUCUUGGGCUUCCAUGGAUGCCAAUCCACCUCCUCAGAUCCCUCUCUCAUGGCCUCCAGAAGACGCUCUCACCCUAGAUUGGAUCCAUUCCCUCACCACCACCCUUGAGUGGGCGUCCUGGAAGCUGCCCCCUUCCGGGCUUCCCUCCGUCCUCCCUGUCCCUGUCCUCCUUCGCCUUUUGCUCACCGCCUCCAACAUCCUCCACAAAGAGCCUAAUUGUCUUAGGGUUGAUCCUCAAGGGGAGGAAACCAGUGUUGUUGUUGUUGGUGAUGUGCAUGGCCAGCUACAUGAUGUCCUUUUCUUGCUAAAGGAUGCUGGAUUUCCAUCGGACAAAAGAUUUUUUGUGUUCAAUGGAGAUUAUGUGGAUCGGGGUGCUUGGGGUGUUGAGACAUUCCUCAUCUUGUUAGCCUGGAAGGUUUUUUUGCCUGAACGAGUAUACCUUCUUCGUGGUAAUCACGAAUCAAAAUACUGUACAUCAGUUUAUGGUUUUGAGAAAGAGGUAAUGGAAAAAUAUGGUGAACAAGGAAAACAAGUUUACCGAAAGUUUUUAAGAUGUUUUGAAGGUCUUCCAUUGGCAUCUAUAAUAGCAGGUAAUGUAUAUACUGCUCAUGGUGGGGUUUUCCGAGGUGCCGCCCUGACACCAUCAAAGAGGUCAAAACGUAAAAAAGGCCGCAAGCCAAUCGCCGUUGCAGACUCAAACUCUCUAAGGCUUGGUAGCUUGGAGGAGUUAUUAAAAGCUCGGCGGACAGUGCUUGAUCCUCCAUGGGAGGGAUCAAACUUAAUCCCCGGCGAUGUGCUAUGGUCUGAUCCGUCGUUAAAUCCGGGCCUUUCUCCAAACAAUGAGAGAGGUAUUGGUUUGUUAUGGGGACCUGACUGCACUGAAGAAUUCCUCAAGAAGAACAAAUUUAAGUUGAUUAUCAGGUCACACGAGGGUCCCGACGCGAGGGAUAAACGGCAAGAUCUUAAAGGAAUGCAUGAAGGUUAUACGAUCGACCAUGUCGUCGAAUCAGGAAGGCUUAUUACUCUUUUCAGUGCUCCCGAUUACCCACAAUUUCAGGCAACCGAAGAUCGAUACAACAAUCAAGGCGCAUACAUUGUGUUAUCUCCACCCGAUUAUUCUACUCCUACAUUUCACUCUUUCGACGCCGUAAAACCAAGACCAAAGGUGAAUCCAUACUAUGACUUUGAGGAAGUUAUAGACUCUGAUGAGGAGUUGGACUUGAAAGCAAUGGAAAGCAGCACAUCAGUUGAAGAUCUAACUCCAAUCUGAGACUUUCUUCUUCUCUUUUUGUUGGCCUUGCUUAUACAUUGUGUUUUCCAUGAUGUAUUUUACUUUGUGACUUUGUGAUUGUCAGUCUUUCUCAUAAGUUAAUUCAUCAAGAAAUAUAUUUAUA